AUGACAAAGCUGUAUCUACUCCUUUACAAUGGAGUGUCUGCAUUACUUUGGACGUAUAUUCUAUACCACUGCUUAAUUGAUAUUUCCAAUGGGUACCACCUGUUUGAGCCUGGCCAUGGUACUCCCCACAAAUUCAUGAUUGCAACCCAAUUGUUCAACUCAUCAUUUGAGUUCCUUCACUCAGUGUUUGGCUUGGUACCCACCCCAAUUCCAACGUUGCUUCUUCAAUCAUUUGCUAGGUUGAUCAUUUUGGUUGGAAUAUGCUAUGUCAUUCCCGAAUCGCCAGCCAACUACAACAUAUUCACAUUUGCUGGAUUAACGUUGGCAUGGUCCAUUACUGAGAUUAUCAGAUACGGUUUUUAUGUGCUUAAGUUAGGUAAAUUUACAGUCCCUUAUUCGAUCUUGUGGUUGAGAUACUCGGCGUUCUUUAUAUUGUAUCCUUUAGGACUUGUUUGUGAAAGUGCUACUGUUUACAAUUCUUAUGAGGUGAUUGAAUCGAGGUUGCCAAGGUACUCCAAGUUUUUAAAAUACGCUUUACCUUUGUACAUUCCCGGGUUUUUGUAUUUGUACAGCUACAUGAUAAAACAAAGAGGAAAGGUUUUGAGAAGAGAGAAGGAGAAGUUGAUUUAG